AUGCCCGGACAGAAGAGAAGAUAUAAUGUACGGUUCCCUCCUAGUCGCAUCAAGAAGAUCAUGCAGAAGGACGCGGAGGUGGGGAGGAUUGCGAUGGCUGUUCCUGUGAUCAUCUCGCGAGCGUUGGAGAUGUUCCUGAAGUCUCUGCUCACCAAAACCUUCCUGAUCACUCAGGCCAAGCUCAGCACCGUCGUGUCUCUCACUCACAUGAAGCAGUGCAUAGAGGCAGAGAAGCUCUUCCACUUCCUGAAAGACACGGUGGAGCGAACCGCAGCUACGGCAGCCCAGAAGGACAACAGAGGCAUGAGUAUGUGGCCGCUGUACAGAACCAAGCGGCUCGAUGUUCCUGUCAAGAAAACAGCUGACGUUGCAGAAAAGGCUCCGCGGCAGAGCCUCGACUCACUCGACAACGACUCCAGCUCCAGUGAGUCGGAGCUCUACAUCUGCUUAUGA